AUGGCAGAACCAAAGGUGCGCCGGACGAGAAUCGUCUGCGUCUCAGAUACACACAAUUGCACCGUCAAGCUUCCAAAGGGCGAUGUUCUCAUCCACGCGGGGGACAUGACAAACCAAGGCAGCUAUUCCGAGCUUUCAAAAACGGUAAAGUGGCUAGAAGAAGCAGACUUCGAGGCCAAAAUCGUUGUUGCCGGAAACCACGACAUAACACUAGACAAAGACUUUUAUGCACAGCACGCUUCAGCGUUUCACAACCAGAGCCCUCAGUCUCAUUCACAGUGUCUCCAACUGCUCACAUCCUCACCAUCCAUCACAUACCUCCGCCACGAAUCGACGACGAUUCGCCUACGCUCCCCCGAGGGACCAGGCACUCGAUUCACAGUCUUUGGGUCGCCAUACUCGCCCCGAUACGGCCUCUGGGCGUUUUCCUACGACGUCCCCGCCUCUCCCGGCGAAGACUUGGCCCCGGCGAGCCUGUGGGACGACAUACCGCCGAGUACUGACAUUGUGGUCACGCACACCCCGCCGAGGGGAUGCCGCGAUGAAACGAACAGCAUGCAAACGACGGGGUGUGAGGCUCUCCGAAGAGCGCUCUGGAGGGUGAGGCCGCGGCUCGCCGUCUGCGGCCAUAUUCACAGCGGACGCGGCGCGGCGCGGGUUCUCUGGGACGAGGAGGACGGGUUCUCUGCGACAAGCGUCAGGGCGUGGGAGGACCCUGGGGCUGGAAACAAGAAAGUGAGUCUGGUGGAUCUCACGGGGAGGAAGGCGUCGUCGUUGGGGGAGGGGGAAACGUGCGUGGUCAACGCGGCUGUUAUGAAGAGUAGUUACCCGCAUGUGGGCGGGAAGCAGUUCCAUAAACCUAUUGUUGUGGAUGUGAAUCUGCCGCUGUGCGCAGAGGAGGGUUGA